AUGGAGGGAAAUACAGAAAGAAUACAAUUAAACAAAUAAUUUGGAUCUGAUCAAUAAACUAGUAGGUUUUCAUUUCGUGGGAGAUAACAGGGAAGAGAAACUAAUGAUAGAAACUAAUUUGAAGGAUUCGAAAGCAAUUUUAAAGAUUAUUCAAAUAAUUACGAUAAAUCAUAUAAAUUGAAUAGAACAAAGUAAUCUGAUAAUCUCGAAAACUAUCAAUAAACAUAAAAUAUAGACAGGCAAUCACAACCAUACAAUUUUAAUGAUAAUAGAAGAUCAUAAUAGAGGGAUAGAAACAAUGUUAAUUCUGAUCGAUGGGAUAAAAUUUAGGAAAAUGAUGAGGAUCAAUAAAAAGAUGUUAGAGAAUUCUAAUUUAGAAAAACUGGGAGAGGAAGAGGUAGAGGAAAUUCACAAUUUCUUGGUUAAAAGAGAGAUUAUGCAAACUAUGGUCGAGGGAGUGGUAGAGCUGAAUUCUAAAGGAAUUAUGAUAAUAAGGGGGAUGCACAGGAUGAGGCAUUUAAUGUAUAAAAAAGAGUCAAGAGAAAUGAUGUAAUUGUUAAAAAAAGAGCGAAAAUCUUAAAAUUAGAAUAGAAUUUAGAGAUGUAUGAAUUUGUUAAGGUGCUUGGAUAUUAUAAUGAAUAAUUGAUAAUAUUGAAGGCUAAUCAAAUUGAAUUUUAUAAUAUUCUAUUCAAAAGAAAUGGAACUGAUAUCUUAGAUGACAGUUUAAGGACCAGUUUGGAUCAUUGGGGCAAGGUCUUUUUAAAUGGUUGGGUUUAACAGAAAUAGGAUGGCACAUUGAAUUUAACAAUCGAGUUUUUGAACAAAGGUGAGACGAUUAAAAACUUACUUAUUUAUCCAAAUUUGUUGAAGUAAUAAGCAAAUUUGCCUAUAAAUGAUUUAACGCUAGAGUAAUAAUCUCAUUUGCUCAUAAAUGAGGUAACGCUAAAGAAUAUAGUGUUUGUAGAUCAUGAAUAGGAUAGAAUCUUAACAUUUUGCUAAGAUGGUUUGAUUAGAAUAUUUUAAUUAACUGGAGAUCAAUAUAAGUACGUUUAGCAUUUCAAUUUGGAACUAACAAUAGAGGCAGUGAUAAAGGUAGGAAGUAAUUACUUGAUUGGUACAAGAAAUUAAAAACUCUUAUUGUUUGACGGAUAAACAAUACAGAAAAUUAAUUAUUAAUUUAAUAAAUUAUGCACUUAAAUGAUUGUAGAUUACAACAGAGUCAUAUUAAAAAUGGAUAAUGAAAAUGAAACAUCCAUCUUUAUCUUAACAUAGAAUUUAUAAGUGAUUGGACCUAUACAUACAGGAUCCAAGAUUAAUAGUUUGGGAAUUAUUAGAAGUUAUGAAAAUGAUAAACUAUUCAUUUUCAGUGUAAAUAAUACAAUAGAAACAUUUAUAGAAAUUGAUAAUGCGUUAUACUAAUUUAAUAAGAUUUCAGAUUAGAGUAUCUAGAAUAUCUAAAAGUUUGAGCUGACCAAUGAAAAUAUGUUAAUUUAAAAAUAUAUAAUAGGGAACAAUGGGUUAGAUAUUAAAAUAUUUAGCAUUGUCCCUGAAGAGUGA